AUGUGUGCAGCAGAGAUCUUACCCGUGGGCUGUGGCUGUGGUCGGAGCGGCGGACUCUUCCCACUCAGCCUGGCUCACUUCACACUCGGAGGACGAGAAGAGAGUCCACGGCCUCCACACGCCUCAUCCAUCACUCUGUUACCUUCUCCUGCCUGGGCGGACGUCGUGGAGAGCAAAAGUCAUGUGGUGAGCACGUCUGGUCCAAAUCUGUCCGCCUCACCUCCUCCACAGCGAGCAGGCAGUGGUCCGAAUGCCUCGACCCGGGCCACCAUCACAUUUGUGUCCUUCGCAGCAGCAGGUGCGUGGCAUCUGACCACAGAAGGUUCUGGACUCCAGCUGCGAUCUACUCUCAAACACAGGCUGUGCACUGGCUAUCUGGUGAGUUUGGGCACCGCACUCCUGUGUUUCACCCCCAGGCAUCACUUCAAGCACUUUCCGGUGUCCAAAACAAAGGAGCAGAUCUACAGAGAGACAGAUGAAAGGGGAUCUGUCAGGAUGAGACGAGCCUUCACAUGA